AUGUGUAUCAAUGUUUUAGUUUCAAAGCUAAUAUGUAAUAAUAAUUCCUUAUUGGCUUCAUGGACACUAAGUGUUGGUGCAUGCACGGAUUGGUAUGGAGUUAUAUGUUUUAAUGGUCAGAUAAACAGGUUGAAUAUUACUAAUGCUGGUGUCAUUGGUACACUCCAUGAUUUUCCAUUUUCAUCUCUACCAUUUCUUGAAUAUUUUGAUCUUAGCAUGAACCAGCUCUCUGGUAUUAUACCCCCUGAAAUAGGAAACCUCACUAAUCUUGUCUAUCUUGACUUGUCGUCUAAUCAGUUUUCAGGCAAAAUCCCAUCACAGAUUGGCUCACUGUCAAAGGUUGAGAACCUCUUCAUCUUUAAUAACCAUUUAAAUGGUUUCAUUCCUGUUGAAAUAGGGAGCAUGAAAUCACUUGAGAUUUUAGCCUUACAGAAUAACAAUCUUUCUGGUCCAAUUCCAAUAACUCUAGGUGACUUAGGUGAGCUCAAAAGUCUGCACCUUUAUUCUAACCAACUUUCUGGACCCAUUCCUAGUGAGUUGGGGAAUCUGAAAAACCUCACUAAUAUGAAACUAUCCCAAAAUAAGCUUAGUGGUUCAAUUCCAAUUUCUUUAGGCGACUUAACUGAACUCAAACUUUUGUACCUUCAUUAUAGUGAGUUGGGGAAUUUGAAAAACCUCAAUGAUCUGGAACUAUGCAAUAAUCAACUUAGUGGUUCAAUUCCAAUUACUCUGGGUUACUUAACUGAGCUCAAAAUUUUGUAUCUUCAUUCUAACCAACUUUCUGGUUUCAUUCCUAGUGAGUUGGGGAAUUUGAAAAACCUCAAUGAUCUGGAACUAUGCAAUAAUCAACUUAGUGGUUCAAUUCCAAUUACUCUGGGUUACUUAACUGAGCUCAAAAUUUUGUAUCUUCAUUCUAACCAACUUUCUGGUUUCAUUCCUAGUGAGUUGGGGAAUUUGAAAAACCUCAAUGAUCUGGAACUAUGCAAUAAUCAACUUAGUGGUUCAAUUCCAAUUACUCUGGGUUACUUAACUGAGCUCAAAAUUUUGUACCUUUAUUCUAACCAACUUUCUGGUCUCAUUCCUAGUCAGUUGGGGAAUUUGAAAAACCUCACAGAGCUGGAUUUAUCCGAGAAUCAGCUUAGUGGUUCAAUUGCAAUUACUCUAGGUGACUUAACUGAUCUCAAUUUUUUGUACCUUCAUUCUAACCAACUUUCUGGUCUCAUUCCUAGAGAAUUGGGAAAUUUGAAAAACCUCACUGAUAUGAAACUAUCCCAAAAUAAGCUUAGUGGUUCAAUUUCAAUUUCUUUAGGUGACUUAACUGAACUCAAACUUUUGUACCUUCAUUCUAAUCAACUUUCUGGUUUCAUUCCGAGUGAAUUGGGAAAUUUGAAAAACCUCAAUGAUUUGCAGCUAUCCCAUAAUAAGCUUAGUGGUUCAAUUCCAAUUACUUUAGGUGACUUAACUGAGCUCAAAAUUUUGUAUCUUCAUUCUAACCAACUUUCUGGUUUCAUUCCUAGUGAGUUGGGGAAUUUGAAAAACCUCAAUGAUCUGGAACUAUGCAAUAAUCAACUUAGUGGUUCAAUUCCAAUUACUCUGGGUUACUUAACUGAGCUCAAAAUUUUGUAUCUUCAUUCUAACCAACUUUCUGGUUUCAUUCCUAGUGAGUUGGGGAAUUUGAAAAACCUCAAUGAUCUGGAACUAUGCAAUAAUCAACUUAGUGGUUCAAUUCCAAUUACUCUGGGUUACUUAACUGAGCUCAAAAUUUUGUACCUUUAUUCUAACCAACUUUCUGGUCUCAUUCCUAGUCAGUUGGGGAAUUUGAAAAACCUCAAUGAUCUGGGACUAUGCAAUAAUCAACUUAGUGGUUCAAUUCCAAUUACUCUGGUGAAAUAG